AUGAUGAACUCUCACUGUGGGAGCAUGGGUUCGAUCAAGAGUGAGAACUCAUGCACCGAUUUCAAACCAACAUCUCCCAACGAAUCAACAAUAAUGUCCGAAGCGCCCAAGAAAGCUACGAGUACAACCACUACUGCUCUAUCUUCUUCCGACAUGAUGGAACAGAGUACUACUAGCUUAACACCACCGAGCCUCAACUUUCCAGCUCUCAAGUUCGAGCUAGACGGCGACGUCGAAGUUGAAUCACCGGACCAUUCCAUGUGGGAGUCGUUUUUUUCCGAACAAUUUGAUACGGAUUUCAUGGUCUUGUCCCCGGUGGCAAACAUGAACAAUAAUCUCCCCAACUCUCCACGUUCUUUCUGUUACAAUAAUGGUCAGGUGAUGCAGGGGCAGUCUAGCUUUUCGAGCUGCUCUCCUCCUCGCUUUGGUUCGUCUCCGGUCGGAGCAUUUAGCAGAGACAACAGCAAAGGAAAGGGACUCAGUCCACUCCGGAGGGUUUUCAACUCUCCGGUGAACUACAUACAGCAAGAGCCGGAGAAUCUUCAGUCACUACCACCAGCCUCAAUCGAAGACUUCUUGGAUGACUAUCAAAGAGACGGCUUCGUUGCAGCGUAUGGUAACCCUAACCUUAACAACCAAACAACUACAUGCACAUCAAAGAUGUCAGCAGGAGUAAACAAUCCUUCCUCGCAAUCUUAUCACAAUCCAAUGACUUCAAUGGACUGCAACAUGUCAUCAACCAUGCAAACCCCUUCCAGGUUUUCGCGAUCGGUGAGCGAAACAUCGUUAGUUACGGAGUGUAACUCUCAGAUGAGCCAAGAGUCGAGGGGUGGCGGAGCAUAUCAUCAUCAGAUGGGAUCCAACUGUGGUGCACCGUUAUCACAACAGUUGAUGCACGAACGCCAGCAAGAGAAGCAACACAUGCAGAUGCACCCACAAAAGCAACACCACAAUAACCACAAUUACAAUAUGAUGCCGCCUUCUCUUCCUCCUGUUGCCCCUGAGCCGGAACAAGACAGUGGUCUCCAACUGGUUCAUCUUCUUCUUGCUUGUGCCGAAGCUGUUGCAAAAGAAGAUUACAUGUUAGCAAGACGGUAUCUCCACCACCUCAAUCAAGUGGUGUCGGCUCUGGGCGACUCCAUGCAGCGUGUUGCUGCCUGCUUCACAGAAGCCCUAAGCGCACGCCUUGCCGCAACUCUAACCACCAAUUCAAGUGCUUUGGCGCCCAAGCCCUUCUCUCCUUUCCCUCCUAAUUCCCUAGAAAUCCUCAAGAUAUACCAAAUCGUCUACCAAGCCUGCCCCUACAUCAAGUUCGCUCACUUCACCGCUAACCAGGCCAUUUUCGAGGCGUUUGAGUCCGAAGAACGAGUUCAUGUCAUUGACCUCGACAUCCUUCAAGGUUAUCAAUGGCCAGCUUUCAUGCAAGCCCUAGCAGCUCGAUCGGGAGGUGCUCCAUUUCUCCGUAUAACCGGAGUCGGUCCAUGCAUAGAGGCGGUGAAAGAAACGGGCCGGUGCUUGAUGGAAUUAGCCAUCUCUCUUCACGUCCCGUUUGAAUUUCAUGCGGUUGGAGAACAACUAGAAGACCUCAAACCACACAUGUUCAACCGAAGAAUAGGAGAAGCCCUAGCAGUGAACACCGUCAACCGUCUCCACCGUGUCCCGGGGAACUGUCUCGGCAACUUACUAGCCAUGAUCCGUGACCAAGCACCCAACAUUGUGACCCUAGUGGAACAAGAGGCCAGCCACAACGGACCCUACUUUUUGGGGAGGUUUCUCGAAGCCUUGCACUAUUACUCGGCGAUUUUCGACUCGUUGGACGCCACGUUCCCACCGGACUCGGCUCAAAGGGCCAAGGUGGAGCAGUACAUAUUUGCGCCGGAGAUACGGAACAUUGUGGCGUUUGAAGGAGCGGAGAGGACAGAGAGGCACGAGAGGCUUGAGAAGUGGAGGAAAGUCAUGGAAGGGAAGGGUUUCAAAAGCGUGCCACUGAGUGCCAACGCCGUGACGCAGUCGAAGAUCUUGCUAGGUUUGUACUCGUGCGACGGCUAUAGGAUGAUGGAGGACAAGGGUUGCUUGCUCUUGGGGUGGCAAGACCGGUCUAUCAUGGCGGCGUCUGCAUGGAGAUGCUAG